UUCACUUGCUAUUCAGCAUUUCGGUUUGACACGUCGUUUGUGAGACUACUUACUGGAGGGUACAAAAUCGUUAACAAAUGAAGAUCUUACGAAAACAUUUAUUCCUUUGCACAUUAAUCACAUUAUUCAGUGGAAAUGUAGCAGACAAACCUUUUUUUCCUGAUGAUGCUGUAAUCCAAACUGCGAAUUUUAAACAAGAUGAUAAUUCUAUCGACUACAGAUUACCAACAGCUAUCAAACCCAUUUCAUAUGAUAUUAAGCUGAUCCCGAAAUUAAAAGAUGAUUUUAAAUUUGAGGGUUAUACAACAAUUAAAGCAUUGGUAAAGCGCACAACUAACCGUGUUACGUUGCAUGUGGGAAAUAUUAAAAUUGAAUCAGUAUUUAUAUGCUCACGUAAUAACAAAAGAUUUUCUUAUAAAUAUGACAAUGUUACUGAGAAGUACACUAUUACUAGCCCAAAACCAUUUAAAAAAGGCAGAAUUAUACUGAUUAACUUUAAGUACAGUGGAAUCUUAACCGACAACUCGCUCGGAUUCUAUAAGAGUUCUUAUUUCGAUAAGAACGGACAGAUUAAAUGGUUAGCUGCGACACAAUUCGAAGCGAUAUAUGCGAGACAUGCCUUUCCAUGUUUUGAUGAGCCAGGUUUUAAGGCUAAAUUCAAAUUUCAUAUAGCAAGAGACGAAAGUUACCACUGCUUGAGUAACAUGCCGCUAGAUAAAUCUGUACGAGCACCGGGAGGCAAGGUCUGGGAUGUUUUUAAGGAAACCAUCCCAAUGUCUACUUACACGGUGGCCUUCAUCGUUUCGGAAUUUGAGUCUCUCAAAGUAGAUAAUUUUAGAGUGUGGGCCAGACCAUCUGCCUUAAAUCAAGCCAAAUACUCUUUGGAUCUUGGCGUUACAGUUCUUGAUGUGCUUAAUAAUAAAUUCCAACUAAAUUAUUUUCUCCCUAAAAUGGAUAUGGUAGCCGUACCCGACUUUGAUGCAGGAGCUAUGGAAAACUGGGGAUUGGUGACAUAUCGCGAGACUGCAAUGUUAUACGAUGAAAAAGAAUCGUCUGCGGUAGACCAACAGUGGAUGGCUAUUACAGUUGCUCAUGAACUUACGCAUAUGUGGUUUGGAAAUUUAAUUACCCCAGAAUGGUGGAGUUGCCUUUGGCUCAGUGAAGCGUUCGCCACAUACUUUGAGUAUCAUGUUACUGCGGAGAUCGAGAAAAAGUGGAAUCUGAAGGAACAGUUUGUCGUAGAUCAACAUCAAGUUGCAUUAAUAAUUGAUGCUGUUGAAUCUUCUCUUCCAAUGACUCGAGAGAUUUCUAGUAGUUCAGAUAUCACAGGAGCAAGUGAUCAAAUUACUUAUGCGAAAGGAGGCAGUGUUGUUCGUAUGAUGAAUCUUGUAUUCAGUGACGAGGUCUUUAUGGCCGCAUUGCAAAACUAUUUGAACAAGAACAAAAGGAAAGGACUGGGUAAUCCAGAUGCUUUAUGGAAGGAAAUACAAAAACAAAUAGAUGUCGAACAUUCAACAUCAGAUAUUUCUGUAAAAUCAAUAAUGGACUCUUGGACUACGCAAUCCGGAUAUCCUGUUGUGUCAGUUAACAUUAAUGACGACGGUGUAGUAAAUCUUAGUCAAGAACGCUUCCUCUUGAGGAACUUAGAUAAGACUUCGACGAAUGUCACUUGGUACGUUCCACUCACAUUUGCCACACAGAGUAACCCAGAUUUUAGUAACACAAUUCCGAAAUAUUGGAUGAAUACCAAAGAGACCACUGCAGAAUUCAAAAUUAAUCCGAAAGAAUGGGCCAUAUUCAAUCUUCAAUCAUCAGCUUUCUAUCGUGUAAAUUACGAUGAUCGUGGAUGGCAGCGCAUUUUCGAUUUCUUGAAAAGCGAUAAAUUCGAAGAAAUUCAUGUAUUAAACAGAGCCGCCAUUGUAGACGAUCUAUUAAAUUUGGGUAGAACAGGAUAUCAAAAUAACGAUGCGGUUUUAGACAGACUGCUUUAUCUUAAGAGAGAAACAAAUUAUUUGCCAUUUAAAGCAGCACUUAAAGGUUUAGACUACUUUAAUAAGCGAUUUACAGGAUCCGCGGAACACAACUUAUUCAAGACGUAUGUCUUGUCUCUUAUUAGUAAUAUACGUUCUGAGCUUGGAUAUGAAGAUCGUAAAAAUGAUGACAGAUUAACAGUUCUGUUGCGACGAUUAGUGCAUAAUUGGGCUUGUAAUUUUGACGACGAUGAUUGUGUAACAACUUAUACCAAGAAGUUUAAUCAGUGGAGAGCAAAUCCUUCUAAUCGUAUCAAUCCUAAUGAAAGAACCACCGCGUACUGCACAUCCAUAAGACAUGGAACUUCUGAAGACUGGGAAUUUUUAUGGAAAGACUAUUUUAAUUCUAACGUUGCAGCGGAUCAAAUGGUGAUUCUAGGUGCUUUGGGAUGCAGUCAGAAUACCACCAUUUUAGAAAAAUAUUUGGGAUAUGCUAUGACUGAUUUUGAAAUCAAUCGAAUUCGUAAGAUGGAUAGUAUGAGUGUCUUCGCUGCUGUUUAUAAUUCUGGACCGCUUGGGGCAGAGUAUGUGCUUGACUUUGUUGGUAAACAUUAUAGGGAAAUGGAGAAAUACUUUGGAGACCAGGCAACAAUAUCUUCAAUUCUCAAUGCAGUGUCGCAACGUCUUUCUACACCAGAAUUAGUGAACAAAUUUGAAGAAUUCAUAAACAAUUAUAAACAGGACUUUGCACCUAUCGAGAAAUCUCUGAAAUAUUCUUUAAGGGUUGCUAAAUAUGAAUUAGAAUGGCAUAAGUCUCAUUCGUCAUCUAUGAUUGAAUGGUUACAAAAAUAUAAUACCGCUUCUUAAUAAACUUAUAUUUUAACAUCUUCUAUCAACGAUCUAAUAUUAUGUCAACCAGAUUUUAAAUCUAAUUAAUUUAGAUAUUCAGGCAAGGUUGUGUAAUUUACUACUUUCAAUUUAAUGUUUAAGACAAAAGGGAUGGGUUGUUACACUAUUAAAUUCUUAAACUUUAAAGCUGAAUUGUAUUAUAUUCUGUUCAGUUUUUGUGUGAUACAAUUAUUUGUUAAAUACAUCUUAAUUAAACAAUUAUAUUAUAAUAUAUCAUAUAUUAUUUGCUAAUUAAAAAUUGAAGCUGUAUAUCAAGAUAAUUUCAUUAUGUAUAUAUUUGCUUUAAUAAAUAUAUAAAUAUGUUUGAAUUU